UGGCACUGGCAGAGACAGAAAUCUUUAUUUCAUCAUUUCUGAAAAAUAGAAGUGGUAAUAGAAGCAAGUGAAAUGUUCAGUCUUGGACAAUUGCAUCUUGUGACCAGAAUUUUUCUUAAAAGGUUUCUUAUCUUCUGUGCCUGAGUCUUGAACAGUUUAUACAUCAGUCUACUGUGAGUUGGUUGAGGAAUCUGUUCUGAAGCAGUCAAUUUGUGGUGUCCCGUAAGAUCAAGUUUCUGUACCGGCAAACUUGAGGGCUGGCUGCUGAGCUGCAGCAGCUACACCAGGGGAAGAUAGCAUGGGAAGAGUUCACUCCACACCUAAAACCGACACUGGCAAAGGACAAAGCAUGUCCACCACACCAACCCCAAUGACCAGGUCGACUAGCUGGACUAGCUGGGCACCCUGUCCCUCAAAUGUCACCAACCAAAACAGCAAAAAUGAUUUAAUUCUGGCCUUUUCUGCUGGGGUUUUGCUGACACUGCUGCUGGUGGUGCUUGUCUUCCUCAUCAUAAAGGGCUACAGAAAAUGUCACCCCAGUCCCCAGGCCCUGAAGCCUCACUCAGAUCUUCCGGCCAAGCUUCCAUCGGUCUCAGAGGAAUCACUUACCUAUGCCAGCAUGACUUUCAAAAUCUUAGAAGAAAAGGGCAAUCACUUGACCAAGAAUUGUUCUGCAGACUUGGACCCCAUAGUCUAUGAUCAAAUUAAAGCAUCACACUCACCUUGCCUUUCCAGUGAGCCUUGACUGCAGUUCUGCCAUUUCAGCACAUUAUCCUCAUACACCAUUUUCCUUUUUUUUUUCUUUAACAAAUUUUGGACCACAACCUUUGUGAAACUGCAGUUAAGAGUUGUUUGGGUGUGACCUGGUGAUGCUGGCCAGCAAUUUUGAAGACCAAUAGUCACUCUUUUUCCUAGCCAGAGAAAAUAUCGCUGGCCCUCCCACUUGAACUGACAGCCUAUUAGCCCCUCAAGGGCUGAGACUGCCUCCCUCGUGCCUUUCCAGAGCGUGUGGUACAGAGCUUAGUGCACAGAGUGUUCACCUAGCAUUGUGGAUCCACUUGGGAGGAGUCAACCAAAUGAAUAAUCUAUCAAGAAUUUGAAAUAA